CGGCCCUUGGGCGGCGGGUGCCUUCCGCUUGGCUCACCUGCGGCAGGAAGUGACGUCGCCACGCGCGCUCUCACUUGGGGCGGCUGGGGUCCGGCGGUGCGGCGACUUGGCAGGCCCGACGUUUCUUCCCCUCGCAUCAGCUUCUCCGCUUUCGUGUCGGGCCUUCGGGCGCAGGAUCAGCUCAGAUAGUCUGGAGAAUGCCAAAUGAGAGAAUCCCCCACCCAGGUCAAACUCAGGAGCAAGACUGUUUACAAAGUCAGUAUGUCGGUGAUGAUGAAGAAAUGGCAGUCAAGCAAGAAAAUGGUGUGCCAGCCGCGGGGGUGGAGGAAAGCCUCCCCUCUUGUUCCUCUGAUAAUGGGCUGUCUGCUUCGGCUGAGGGGUGUGCCUUGGGAGUUCCAAGGAGAGGGCCGGCCCUGCUGCAGAUCGACAGGCAUCAGAUCCAGGCUGUGGAGCAGAGUGCUCAGGCCCUUGAACUGCAGGGUCUGGGUGUGGACGUCUAUGACCAGGAUGUGCUGGAGCAGGGUGUGCUUCAGCAGGUGGAUGACGCCAUCCAUGAAGCUCGCCGUGUGGCCCAGCUUGCUGACACAGAGAAAGAGUACCAGUCAGUCCUGGAUGACCUCACGUCAUGUACGACAUCCCUCAGGCAAAUCAAUAAAAUUAUUGAACAGCUUAGCCCUCAAGCUCCCACCAACAGAGACAUCAACAGGAAACUAGAUUCUGUAAAACGACAGAAGUACAAUAAGGAACAACAGCUAAAGAAGAUCACAGCAAAACAAAAACGUCUUCAGGCCAUCCUUGGAGGAGCAGAGGUGAAAGUUGAAAUAGAUUCUGCCAGUUUGGAGGAGGAUGCAGAGCCGGGGCCGUCUUCCCUGGGCAGCAUGCUCAUGCCGGCUCAGGAGACUGCGUGGGAGGAGCUCAUCCGCACAGGCCAGAUGACGCCUUUUGGUACCCAGAUCCCUCAGAAACAGGAGAGGAAGCCUAGAAGACUGAUGCUUAAUGAAGCGUCAGGCUUUGAAAAGUAUUUGGCAGAUCAAGCAAAACUGUCUUUUGAAAGGAAGAAGCAAGCUCGUAAGAAAAGACUGACGAGAAAAGCUCCGGCCUCGGCUACUUCUGAGUCGAAUCCAACACUAAAUGAAAACCAGCAAAACAAGAGAAGCAAAGUUCCCUCGAAAAUGGAUAAGCGGUUGGAAAAGCAUAUCAAGAAACUCCAGAGGAGGGCUCUUCAGUUCCAGGGGAAGGUGGGGUUGCAAAAGAGAGCCAAAGCCCUGGAAGCAGGUAUCAAGAGGGAGGACGGAGCCUCUGAGAGUGAAGAGUCGGAGUACUUACCCGAGGAGGAGGAGGACAAGAUGGCUGAGGCCGACCUGUCCGAAGGUUGCGCCGCUUAUGAACUGAAGCCUCCGCUCAAAGGUCGGAAACGGCAGAAGAAAGUCACGGUGCAGGAGAUGGAUGAAGACUUUUUCCCGAGUUCUGGAGAAGAAAGUGAAGCCGGAGGAAGCGGAAGUCGGAAAGCAGUGAGAUGGCGAGACGAUGGAGAUGAGGAUUGUUAUAAGCAGCGCUUAAGGAGAUGGAAUAAACUGAGACUGCGAGACCAAGAGAAGUGUCUAAAGCUGGAGGACAAUUCCGAGGACAGCGAUGCUGAAUUUGACGAAGGUUUUAAAGUGCCAGGUUUCCUGUUCAGAAAGCUCUUUAAGUACCAGCAGACAGGUGUCAGGUGGCUGUGGGAAUUGCACUGCCAGCAGGCAGGAGGAAUUCUGGGAGACGAAAUGGGAUUGGGCAAGACCAUCCAGAUAAUCGCCUUCUUGGCAGGUCUGAGCUACAGCAAGAUCAGGACUCGUGGUUCAAAUUACAGGUUCGAGGGGUUAGGUCCAACUAUAAUUGUCUGUCCAACGACAGUGAUGCAUCAGUGGGUGAGAGAAUUUCACACGUGGUGGCCUCCAUUCAGAGUGGCAAUACUGCAUGAUACCGGUUCCUAUACCCACAAGAAGGAGAAACUAAUUGGAGAUAUUGCUCAUUAUCAUGGAAUUCUGAUCACUUCUUACUCCUACAUUCGACUGAUGCAAGAUGACAUCAGCAGACAUGACUGGCAUUACGUGAUCUUGGAUGAAGGACACAAAAUUCGAAAUCCAAAUGCUGCCAUUACCCUUGCUUGCAAACAGUUCCGCACCCCUCAUCGCAUCAUCUUGUCGGGCUCACCGAUGCAGAAUAACCUGCGAGAGCUGUGGUCGCUCUUUGACUUUGUCUUCCCGGGCAAGUUAGGAACGUUGCCGGUGUUCAUGGAGCAGUUCUCUGUUCCCAUCACCAUGGGGGGAUAUUCCAACGCUUCCACAGUACAGGUGAAAACUGCAUAUAAGUGUGCAUGUGUCUUAAGAGAUACCAUAAAUCCAUACCUGCUGCGGAGAAUGAAGUCAGAUGUCAAAAUGAGCCUUUCUUUACCAGAUAAAAAUGAGCAGGUUUUAUUUUGCCGUCUUACAGAUGAACAGCAUGAAGUCUACCAAAAUUUCAUUGAUUCCAAGGAAGUUCACAAGAUUCUCAAUGGAGAGUUGCAGAUUUUCUCUGGACUUGUAGCCCUAAGGAAAAUAUGCAACCACCCAGAUCUCUUCUCUGGAGGUCCCAGGAAUCUCAGAGGUCUCCCAGAUGAGGAAUUAGAGGAAGAUCAGUUUGGAUACUGGAGGCGCUCUGGGAAAAUGAUAGUGGUUGAGUCCUUGUUGAAAAUAUGGCACAAGCAGGGCCAGCGAGUAUUGCUGUUUUCUCAGUCAAGACAGAUGCUGGACAUACUUGAAGUAUUCCUUAGAGCACGAAAGUAUUCCUACGUCAAGAUGGACGGUACCACUACCAUAGCUUCAAGACAGCCACUGAUUACACGCUACAAUGAGGACACGUCCAUAUUUGUGUUUCUUCUGACCACGCGUGUGGGCGGCAUAGGAGUCAACCUGACAGGGGCAAACAGAGUCAUCAUCUAUGACCCCGACUGGAAUCCAAGCACAGACACACAGGCCCGGGAGCGAGCGUGGAGAAUAGGCCAGAAGAAGCAGGUGACUGUGUACAGGCUCCUGACUGCGGGCACCAUUGAGGAGAAGAUUUACCACCGACAAAUCUUCAAGCAGUUUUUAACAAAUAGAGUACUAAAAGAUCCUAAACAAAGGCGAUUCUUCAAAUCCAACGAUCUUUAUGAGCUGUUCACCCUGACUAGCCCUGACGCGUCCCAGAGCACUGAGACAAGUGCUAUUUUUGCAGGAACUGGUUCAGAUGUUCAGACACCCAAACGCCAUUUAAAAAGAAAAAUCCAACCAGCCUUUGGAACAGAACAUGGCGUUCUGAAUUGUAAAAAAUUACCAGAUUCUGAUAUAUCUGCAAAUGAUGCCACGUCACCUGAAGAGAAGUCUAAGUUUAUAGGAGCUGAAGUACCUGCAGUAACUGCUAAUUACAGUGAUCCCCUGAGAGAUGACCCUCAAACAAGUAAUAAUCUAACUAGCAGUGAUGUGCUUUUAGAAGAGAAGUAUUGGCAAAUAAAUGCAGUUUCCAGACUAGAGGAGUCAUCGAAGAUCAGUGGAAACAGGGAGUGUUCAGAUUCUCCAAGAGACAGUGAAACAUGCAGGACACCUGGUGAGGAAGGCACUGAUGAAAAGCAAGAUCUUUCUUGUAAAGGAGAGGGCUGCCAGGUUCAGUGUGAAGGACAGAGCUGCCAGGUUCAGAAAGAGCCUUUUUCAGAGAAUGCGCAAAUGGGGAAUAAUUUUUAUAAGCACAAGUCAAAAACAAAACAUCAUGUUGUGGUAGAAGACGGGACCCUGGAGAAACGCCUCAGACGGAAGGAGAAGCCUAAGUGUUCUAAGCUUUGCAAAGACGCCAAGUUUGAAGGAACUCGAAUUCCACACUUGGUGAAGAAAAGGCAGUUCCAGAGGCAAGACAGUGCAGACGAGAGUGAGGCAAAGGAACGAAACAGUGAUGAUUAUGUUUUGGAAAAGCUUUUCAAAAAAGCAGUCGGCGUGCACAGUGUUAUGAAGCAUGAUGCCAUCAUGGAUGGAGCCAGCGCAGAUUAUAUGCUGGUGGAGGCCGAGGCCACGCGAGUGGCCCAGGACGCCUUGAAAACACUGAGGCUGUCUCGUCAGCAGUGUCUGGGAGCAGCAUCCGGAGUGCCCACCUGGACAGGCCAGCGGGGGAUUUCUGGUGCGCCAGCGGGAGUAAAGAGCAGAUUUGGUCAGAAGAGGAAGUCUAACUUCUCUGUCCAGCGUCCUUCUUCACCGUCUCUAAAAGAGAAAUGCCAGGAUGGCGCUAUGAAGAAGGAGAAAAAAGAUAAUGUUCCCGAGCAUUUUAGUGGAAAAGCAGAGGAUGCAGACGCUCUGUCCGGGGCUCCCACUUCAUCAUCACUCUUGGCUAAAAUGAGAGCUAGAAACCACCUGAUUUUGCCAGAGCGUUUGGAAAGUGAAAAUGUGUCUCUUCCUGAGGCUUCUGCCCCUCAGCCCUCUGCCACAGAACAUGAUGACCUUUUGGUAGAAAUGAGAAACUUCAUUGCAUUUCAGGCCCGUGUUGAUGGCCAGGCCAGCACCCAGGAGAUCCUGCAGGAGUUUGAGUCCAAGUUAUCAGCAUCACAGUCUUGUGUGUUUCGAGAACUAUUGAGAAAUCUUUGCACUUUUCAUAGAACUUCAGGUGGUGAAGGAAUUUGGAAACUUAAGCCAGAGUACUGCUGAUUAACAUUCCUUUCUAAAACUUCUGGUUGACUUUUUAUAAUGGAAGUUUCUAAUUAUUAAUCUUGUGAUUUCAUGUUUUUGGCAAUGGAAGUUGGCUGCACUUGAUGUUUCCUCUGAGCGAUGACUACCUCAUAAUUAAAACUUUAAGGAAGAAGAAACUCUCCCCCAAAACUUAGAAGUUUGAAUAAUGUUAAGUAAAGUAGAAAAUUCUUGAAUUGAUUUUUUUCUUUCUUUUUUUUUUUUUCCACUAUGAAUUAUGUCAAAAAUUAGGGACCUAACAGUUACUCUUUGGAACACAUUUGUUCUUCACCUAAAAGAGGUGAUCAGGGAGCACAUUGCUGCUCUUUCACAAGUUAGUAAAACAGAGAAGUCUCAAGAAUUUUGUUUAUACUGGUGCUAAAGAACAUGUCUUAUAUUCAGUCAGAUCUGUUCGGCAAUAUCUGAUAGAAGCAUUAUUUUGAUGUAUAAGUUUUAAAUGUUUAAAUUUAUUGUUUGCCACUAAGGAAAGGAUCAGAUCUGAUUAUACUAAUUGCCUUUAAACGACCCUCCUUGUAAGGUACUGUUCAACUGACAGAUCUCAUUAGUAACAAACAAAGUAGCUUGGUCAUAAAUGGCAAGACACGUGUUUGGCAGAAAGUACUCAGUUUACACUGGCUUUACUUUAAGCAAAGGGUGUCUUUUCCCCCUGUAGUCACUGUUGGUUUUAGGAAAAAGAAAUGAGUUAUAAAAAAAAAAUUCAAACAGAACCAAAAAGUACAAAUAAAACAACCACCACACACACACUAACAUCACUCCAGAACUCACAGCCCAGACGUAACCAUCGUUACCAUGGGGUGACUGGCAUCCCUCUCCUCUGUGUUUAAAUGCUGAUAGAUACCUUUGAAAUUUUUCUGUUUAUUCGUUGAGCUUACUUUGCUAAGGAUGCUGAUUAUUUUAUAUUAGAGCAUCAUUGUUCUCCUUACCUGUGGUCUUCCUUCUAACUGCUUUCUUCUCUUUUUCCUUUCAUUCACUGUGACCCUUUCCUGUGUUAGUGGUUUGAUUUUCGGUUCAUUUCUGGAUGUUGCUUGUGUGUGUAUAGUUCUGUGAUGGUGGUGUUUUGAUCUUCAGUUUUCUUAGUCUUGCUUUGCUGAUUUCCUUCCUACUGCUAUUUUAUCAUCUCAUCCUUGAAGUCUUGUUUCCUUGAAUUCAUUGUACUCCUUAAAUUUCCAUAGCAGUCAUACACAUUUUGUUUGUUUCUUGGAUUAUGUUUUCUCUUGCUUACUAUCCUUUUUUCUGUAUUACAUUUGCCUUCCUGUCAUGUCGUUUCUUUAUAUCUUGCUCAUUCUUAAAGUGGGCAGCUGUGUUCAGAUCUUCCGAUUGCUCUUCUCUGAGACCGGACAGAAGGGCCUGGGGUGGGAUGAGGAGGAGUUGCCACGCGGUUGCCUGUGCUGGGGAUGGAGGGCUUGGGGUUUGCUUUUUCUGUUCUGAGAUUUUGUUAAAUCGUUUGUGCCAAGAAUCACUCCCUUUAGACAAGAUACGGCCUAGUCAGGAGUCAAGAUUCCCACCAGAAUAUUCUGUUUCUUUUUUUAGAUUCUGGCUUGUUCUUUUUUCUUUUUCCUCUCUCUUUUAGUUGGAUUCUUUUAAUAUUACGGGAGGAAACUAUUUUUCUCUAUUCUUCUGUCAUUAUCUA